AUGGAAUCACACUUUGAUUCGGCGGAUUUAGUCGAGAAUGCCUUUAGCAUACGUUUACCAGACUACAAUCCACACACCCCCAGGUUGUGGCUUCACCAGGUGGAGGCCGUUUUUGCUUCCCGACGCAUCACUUCCCAAGCCACCCGGUUUUCCUAUAUUGUCCAGCAUCUUCCUUGUGAUGUAACAGCAGAAAUUGAAGAUCUAUUGGAAGCUACUCCUAAGGAAAACCCGUUUGACGCCCUUCGAGCGGCCGUCGUAAGUCGGACAGGGAAAUCGGAGAACAAAAUGCUACUGGAUAUAUUCACCACUGACGAAAUUGGGGACGGAUCACCAUCGCAAUUUCUUCGUCACACGCGCAGUCUCCUCUGCGGCCCUUGCUUUCCAAUCCACCAACGAUGGCUGUCGGAUUACAACCUACCGGAAAAACGUGUACCCCUUACACGUGUACACAAACCACCACCGACAGCUUUCGGUGGCCUUCCUAAACAACUGAAUCGGGUGAUGGAUAUGCUUCAGAGGCUGGAACCCAGGAGGGCCACCGCCAUCUUUAAGCGGUUGGUUGUUCAGGGACAAAUCCUGCGGCGUCAAGCCUCAAAGUCUGCAAACGAUGACCUGCGGUUGGUGGUCGAGGAUACUGUACCUCAAACAAGAUGGCGAACUGGAAACACUGACUUGGGGUUUUGUGUGCUCUGUGACUGGCCGACUACUACCAGUGACCGCUGGCAUGGGAUACUGACAGAUGCACAACGUAUGGAUGUGAAGGACCGCCGCCGGUCGGUGGAUUGGUCUAAUGAUAUGCCUUCGGUCCUUCCAAAACCGCGGGAGACCGAACACGCGUUUGUGCGACAGACAGACGAAAGUCACCAUAACCAAGCACGCUUCUCCGGACGGCAGCAGGUAGCGCCUAUCCGACGCUUUCCAGAUGUAGUCAAUAUGGACGGAACGCAUGCAGCAAACAGACUUAGACACUUACGAGUAUCAGAGCGGUUUUCUCACUUUUCCAUGAAUCUUCCAGCUGGUUGGAUAUCCAAAGUUAGUGGUAGCACAGGCAAAACUUACUAUGUGAAUACUGAAACACAAGAAUCGCAAUGGGAAUUUCCCACCCACCCUGCUUCGUCCUCUGACAAAGUCCGUUGUCUGCAUUUACUGGUCAAGCAUUCCGGUUCCAGACGUCCAUCCUCUUGGCGUGAAGCGAAAAUAACUCGGUCCAAGGAGGAUGCACUCAAACUCAUUCAAAACUACAAAAAACGAAUUGAAUCCGGUGAAAUCUCAUUUGAAGAGCUAGCGCGCACAGAAAGUGACUGCAGUUCAGCUUCCUCGGGCGGUGACUUGGGUUUCUUCUCUCGUGGUCAAAUGCAAAAGCCUUUCGAGGAGGCUGCUUUCAACUUGAAACUAGACGAAAUGUGUGGCCCUGUUUAUACGGACUCUGGUAUACAUAUUAUAAAACGCAUCGCCUAAAGUGUUGAACUACAUUCGUUUUUAUGAAAAAACGGUUUCUGAAUAACCAUACAGUUAUCCCUUAAUCGGCAACUUUGGUAAACUAUGUGAAAGC